AUGCCAAGAGCAAAGAAAAGAAAAGAAAAACCCCAAGGGGCUCCCCCGUCAGUAGUUCCUGUUCUUCAGAAGUUUCUAAAGACAUACCAGAAGCACUGCGUGCAGUCUGGGACGUCCCUGUGUCCCACCAUCCAAAGGGACCUGAAGAACAGCAUUGACAGAGAGCAGAUCCUCAGGAAGUUUACGCUCGUAAGAGCUGGUGACACCACAGCGAGCCACCCGCCUGUUUCCUUGGAGCCUUUGCUCAUGGCUAUUCGAGAUGAGCGCUACACGCUGGGGAGGGAACUCUGCCUCUGGGGCCUUCAGCUGACCAAUCCCGAGAUCGCCAGGCUCGCUUUGUUUCUGGAGUCGAAGAGGCACACCAUUUGCCCAGUUACCACCUUGGAGAUCAUUAACUGCAAGAUGGAUCUGUGGUCCCUGGGGCGACUGGGGAGAGCUUUGCAGUUCAGUAGUCUAUAUUUCCUGGCCCUCGAUUACUGCAAGUUUGGAGAUAAAGAACUUGAGAGUAUCUUCUCGGGCCUGGAAAACAACCAAAGGCUGCAAGGCCUCAGUCUGCGCUACUGUGGCCUCAGGCCUCAGAGUGGGCUGAGACUGGGCUCUGUCAUCAGCCAGAGUGCAGUUUGCCAGCUGCACCUGGAUGGAAAUGAUCUGCAGUGUUCUGGGACUCUGGCCCUCCUCAGACCCAUAGCAGAAUAUGCAGAGAUGCAGAGGAAGGACCAGCCCGCCUCGGCAUCACCUCACACUGGAAAUCUUCCUCUGCUUCCUCAAGUGUGUGGAGGUGGAAGCUCAACUUUGAGCCAGAUUGCGAAAUCUUCGGACGCUGUACCAGUGAAAAGGACCUCCCAGAGGAGAAGAGGGGAACGAGGAAUGAGGAAAAAAGUUAACCGCCUGAUGGAAGCUGGCCCUUGGGUAGUGACGCUGCAUCUAGCAGAUAACAGCAUCGACAGGACAGGAGUAGAGGGAGAGCAAUUGCUGGAACUCACUCGAACUUUAACACGCCUGAUCAAAUACUCCCCUCACUUAAGGGAAAUGGACCUUGGAAACAAUGUCCUGGGAGAAGCGGCUGCAGUGGACAUCCUGGAAGCCCUGAGAGCCAGGAAGACAGGUAAACUACCACCCUUAAAAAUUACGGUCACUCCUCGGAUCUCUUCAGACACCUUCACAUCUAUUUGGAAACAUAGCAAGAAAUCUAAUAGGACCAGAAAAAGGAAGAAAAAGGUAAAUUCUUUAUUGUCCGGGUGGUUGAGUAGCAGCCACCAGGGGGCGCUAGACGAGGCGUGA